GCCAAAACGAAUCGAAUUGGUUAUUUCUUCACUGCAAGAAAUGAAAUUGGAUUGAAGUGUGCAUGGAUUUGUACAAGCUGAGGUUUGGCUCCCUGUAGACGGUGAUGGCGCCAGGGGAUAUGGUGCCGGAACAUGCCAAGCAGCAUAAGCUCAAACAGGAGAAGGAGAAGCUUCAGAGCACCACCAGGCCUGAUAGAGACUCUGAGCCAGAUGGAUCUUUUGUCUUUGAGGCCCACGAGGCAUGGAAGGACUUCCACAACUCUUUGCACCAGUUCUACGAAGUGGGGGAGCUCUGUGAUGUUACACUGAAGGUGGGAAGCAGGCUGAUACCAUGCCACAAGCUGGUACUGGCCUGUGUCAUCCCUUACUUCAGGGCCAUGUUCUUGUCUGAGAUGUCAGAGGCCAAACAGGACCUGAUAGAGAUCAAGGACUUUGACGGAGGCGCCAUCCACGACCUGGUGCGUUUUGCCUACUCCUCCCGCCUGACCCUGACAGUGGACAACGUGCAGCCUCUUCUCUAUGCAGCCUGUAUUCUGCAGGUGGAGCUGGUCGCCAGGGCCUGCUGUGAGUAUAUGAAGGCACACUUCCACCCCUCCAACUGCCUGGCUGUCCGCACCUUUGCCGAGAGCCACAACCGCGUCGACCUGAUGGACAUGGCGGACCGGUAUGCUUGCGAGCACUUCCGGGAGGUGGUGGACUGUGAGGACUUCCUGUGCGUGUUGCCUCAGCACCUGAGAACCCUGCUGUCCUCCAGCGAACUGAACAUCCACUCUGAGAGACAGGUUUACAACGCUGCUGUCAAGUGGCUGAAGGCCAACCCCCAGCACCAUGAGGCCUGGCUGGAACAGAUCAUGACUCAGGUGCGCCUCCCCCUGCUCCCAGUAGACUUCCUGACAGGCACGGUGGCCAAGGAGGAGAUGAUCAAAGGAAAUCUGAGCUGCCGGGAUCUGCUGGAUGAGGCCAGGAACUAUCACCUGCACCUCAGCAACAAGGUGGUGCCUGACUUUGAGUACUCAGUCCGCACCACGCCUAGGAAACAUACUGCAGGGGUAUUGUUCUGUGUUGGUGGCCGGGGAGGUUCUGGUGACCCGUUCCGCAGCAUCGAGUGUUACUCCAUCAGCAAGAACAGUUGGUUCUUCGGGCCUGAGAUGAACAGCAGGAGACGCCAUGUUGGAGUAAUUUCUGUAGGAGGUAAAGUGUAUGCAGUAGGGGGCCAUGAUGGUAGUGAACACCUGGGCAACAUGGAGAUGUUUGAUCCUCUCACCAACAAGUGGAUGAUGAAAGCUUCCAUGAACACUAAAAGGAGAGGCAUAGCUUUGGCAGCUCUGGGAGGUCCUAUCUACGCCAUCGGUGGUCUAGAUGACAACUCCUGUUUCAACGAUGUAGAGAGAUACGACAUCGAGAGUGACCACUGGAGUGCUGUGGCUCCCAUGAACACGCCCAGAGGUGGAGUGGGCUCUGUGGCCUUAGGGAGCCACGUGUAUGCUGUGGGGGGUAACGACGGUGUGGCCUCUCUAUCCAGUGUGGAGAGGUUUGACCCACAUCUCAACAAGUGGACGGAGGUCAGGGAGAUGGGCCAGAGACGGGCAGGGAACGGAGUCAGCGAGCUCAACGGGUGUCUCUAUGUAGUGGGUGGUUUUGAUGACAACUCCCCGCUGAGUUCUGUGGAGCGUUUUGACCCCCGUCUGAGUCGCUGGGACUACGUCUCUGAGCUGACCACGCCCCGGGGCGGAGUGGGUGUGGCCACGGUUAUGGGUUGCGUGUUUGCGGUUGGAGGUCACAACGGGAACAUCUACCUCAACACAGUGGAAGCCUUUGACCCCCGCAUGAACAGAUGGGAGCUGGUGGGGUCGGUGUCUCACUGUCGGGCCGGCGCAGGAGUGGCUGUCUGCUCCUCUCACAUCAGCCAUAUCAGGGACGUGGGCCAGGGCUCCAGCAACGUGGUGGACUGCAUGUGACCUGUGAUCCCUGAGCUGAUCACACUGACCGACUGCACGGGAAGACCAACCCAACCCAAGCACUCAACCACACUGUCACUGAACAGGAGCACUAGUGGUUGUUCCUUUAAGCACUGACUGGAGGGUUCUCCCCAAAGAAUGUAAGAGGAGCGCUGCACCACCUUGUGAACUAGCUGCGCCACUUUGAGAAAUAAGAUGCUUAACUUUAUUUGUUAUCAUAUAAGGCAACUUUUUGCUCUAGAUUGCAGGAAAUGGCACUUACAGGUGUUGAAAACCUUUAUCAAGUGAAAAUGGCUGAGAGUUGAGCUUUAGACAUCAUAUUAAACAGGCCUUGUGAAUAUCAGCUUGUAUUUUAAGAGCAACAAGUUAGUACUUACAGUGCAUUCGGAAAGUAUUCAGACCACUUGACUUUUUCCACAUUUUGUUACAUUACAGCCUUAUUCUA